GAUAGAGCAAUAAAUUUGAGCAAAAUUGAAGAUGGGACUUUCAAAGAAAGAAGAAGAAAGAGUUGAAAGAAUAAUUCGAGGUUUAUUAAAACUUCCCGAAAAUCGAAGAUGCAUCAAUUGCAAUGCUUUGGGACCACAAUAUGUUUGUACAACUUUCUCAACAUUUGUCUGCACAAAUUGCAGUGGACUACAUCGAGAGUUCACACAUCGAGUAAAAUCUGUGUCGAUGGCAAAAUUUACACCCGAAGAAGUCACAGCUAUUCAAGCUGGUGGCAAUGAGAGAGCAAAGCAGAUUUAUUUUAAAGGGUGGGAUCCUCUACGACAUUCUUAUCCCGAUUCUAGUAAUAUGCAUAGACUCAGAGAAUUUAUCAAGAAUGUCUACGUGGAAAGAAAAUAUGCCGGCGAAAGAAGUCAAGAAAAUCUUCCCAGGAUUAAAUUGAAUGACAAAGAGGAGUCUAAUGAGAAGCCGAAGAGUAGUUCAUUUCGAUUAGAGUUCAUAAGUCCGAAGUCAAGUCCUGCUCAAAGAAGUUCCAGUGCAAGAAGCGAUGACGCGAGUGUUAGAUAUCUAUAUGAUGAAAGCAGAAGUCCUAAAUAUGUACAAAAAUGCACAAGGAAUGGAGGAUACAGCAGAAGUCCUAUAAAGUUUGAGGUUGUUGAUGACAGGUUUCGAGACGAAGAAUAUAGAAACCGCAGACAAUCAAAUCUUGAAUCAAAGCUAAGACAACUUUCAUUUGAUGGUAAGAAUGUGGACAGAUUGCAAACUCCGGUUCAACCAUCUUCGGGUGAAAUGACGAUGCAGAAUGAUUUAUCUUUACAAGUUACAACUUCUGGUGGAGAAGGUUCUGUCGAGGAAAAACUAUCUGAACAAAAAAGUAAUAAAUCUCAAGCUUAUGAUAAUGCUAUUGUACCAGUAGAAGCAACGCCGAGUAUGACACAGGAAAGUGAAAAUAAUUGGGCCUCAUUUGACACUUCUACAAAGGAAAAUGUUCCUAAAACUUCAAACACCAACACCAUGAAAUCUCCUACAACAGAACCAACACCUGAGGCAAAAAUUUCAAGUCCUUUAGACCUUUUACUUUUUGAAUUGUCAGGCUCUUUUGCUCCAACCAGUGGCGAAAAUGUUUUGACAACUUCAACAGUAGAAAAGGCCUCUACAUUGGAUUUUCCAUCUACUUCAACGGAGGAGACAAAUUCAUCAACUUCUCAGCUGGCACAACCUUCUAAUGAAGCUACUCCAUCACAAUCUGAGUUACUUGAGACACAAGACUCCAUUGAAGAUUCACAUGUACAUAAAGCACAAACAGAAGAUUCAAUUGAAGUUUCACAUGCACAUAAACCACAAACCGAAGAUUCCAUUGAAUUUUCACAUGCACACAAACCACCAACCGUGCAAUCAACACAACCAACAGAAUCACCAAAUAAAUAUGUACCUUCAAGUAAUGAGCCGUCAUUUUAUCCUAAUACACACGAAUCAUCACAUACUUUCGAUGAACUUCCUUCUCAAACUGCCUCGAAUCCUACUCAAGACACCGGACCUGAUGUUAGUUCCCAGCCUAGUAUAGUAAAAACCAAGUCUAGUGGAAGAAUGGAACUUCCAGAGGAUCUUUUUACUACAAAGUACUUUUCUGGUCCUCCACCACAUCCAGGUUGGCAGAAUCUUCAAUCUCAUGUCAUGGGAUAUGGCAUGCAACAGCAAUAUUAUCCUAAUGCAGUGCUUCCUCAUCCUCACUCAGCACUUCCCAUUGCACCAAAAUCUAUGAACCCUUUUGAAGUAACUGAAGGGAGAGGUCUAUCUCAUGCAUCAUCAGUUCCUAGUUUGGUAUCAAUGUAUGGUGUGGUACCAGCUACAUCACAAAGAACAGGAUUAAUACAUACUUCAAGUCUUGGUUCUUUAGAUACAAUGAUGCCUCAGUCCACAAGUUAUGCAUCCCCAAUUCCUGGUCUGUGCUUUGAUCAAGUUAAUAAUGAAGAUCAGUAUCAUAGAUCAAAAAUAGUAAACACCUACAAUAGUGACAUAACUGGUUUUGGAUCUCUAGACACCAUUCAACAACCAUAUGGGACAUAUGGAACACAAGGAAUUCCAAAUUCCUUUUCCAAUACAAGAAGAAAUCCAUUUGAUUAG